AUGAAAGUUAUUCGUCAUUUGGAUAUAAUAAUUAUGUUGUGUAUGCUUAUCAGUAUACAUUAUUCUUUGUGCCAUAUGAUUUGUGGUCAGAAAUGCCUGAAUAUGGGCCGACUACAGACUUUUCACAAAGUGGAAUACUGCCAGAAUAUCAGCAGUAUGAACCUCAACUGGGUGAAUUUGGAUAUCGGUCACUAUCAGAAUUCACGCCUUAUUGGUCGUCUCCUGAAAUAGCCGAUAAUGAAAGACAAGAAGAAACGACUAGAUAUUGGCCGCUCCCAGAAAUUAGUGGAUAUGGCUCAAUCAGAUAGAAAUGAAUAUAUGUCAGCGCCAGAAGUAACUGAAUGUGGGCCACUGCCGUAUGGAAAUCAAUGUUCGACAGGUCCAGAAAACGUUGAAUAUGGAGAAUAUUCCAAUGUAAAUGAAUAUAUGACACCUACAGAAAAUGUUCAAUAUGGAGCUUAUCCGGUUAUAAAUGGAUAUUGGCAAGCUCCUGUAUAUGCCCCUCAAUCAAAUAUUAAUGAAUAUAUGUCAGCGCCAGAAGUAAAUGAAUGUGGGCCACUGUCCUAUGAAAAUCAAUAUUGGACAAGUCCAGAAAUUGUCGGAUAUGCAGCAUAUUCCAAUACAAAUGAAUAUAUGCCAACUGCAGAAAAUAUUCAAUAUGGAGCUUAUCCAGUUAUAAAUGAAUAUUGGCAAGUUCCUGAAUAUAAUGGAUAUGGCACUCAAUCAGAUAUUAAUGAAUAUAUGUCAGUGCCAGAAGUAACUGAAUGUGGGCCACUGCCGUAUGGGAGCGAGUAUGAGACAGGUGCAAAAAAUGUUGAAUAUGGGGCGUAUUCUGUCAUAAAUCAAUGUUGGUUAGAUCCACAAACUAUUGGAUAUGGGGCAUAUUCCGUUAUAAAUGAACAUAAGCCAGCUGCAGAAAAUGCUCAAUAUGGAGCUUAUCAGGAUAUAAAUGAAUAUUGGACAGCUCCAGAAAAUACAGGAUAUGAAACAUAUUGCGAUAUAUAUCACCAAUGGCCAUCUCCAGAAGUAUUUGAAUAUGGUCAGCAACCAUAUAUAAAUAAACACUGGACAGCUGCAGAAAUUUUUGCAGAUGGAACUCAACCAGGUAUAAAUGGAAAUAUGCCAGUUCUAGAAAAUAUUACUUUUGGGCAACUACCUAUUAUAAAUGAAAAUUCGCAAGCCUCAGAAAUAAUUGAUUUCGGGCAGCAACAAAAUUUAACUGAAUAUUGGCUGCUUCCAGAAAUAAAUAUGUAUGACUAUCAGCAGCCGGUAGAAAUUCAGCAUUAUUCGCCGCCAACUGAAGUGUCAGAAUCUACCGAAAGUGGAAAGCUGCAAUAUGAACUUCCUGGAAACGUGGAACCAACAGAAUGUCUCAAAUGUGACUCUAUAGCUCAUAAUUCUGCAAAUCCAUUAGAACACAUUAGAACCAAAGUCACAUAUUUCAUCAGAAACGCGUCAUCAGCAACUUAA